AUGUCUGAGGUUGACCAUACAUGUCGGAUUUGCCGUGGGGAAGCAACACUCGCUCAACCAUUAUACCACCCUUGUAAAUGUAAAGGAUCCAUCAAAUACAUCCAUCAAGAUUGUUUGCUUGAAUGGUUGAAACAUGCCAACAAAUCUACUGAGAAAUGUGAUAUUUGCAACACUCCAUAUAAAUUCAAGAUCUUGUAUGAUCCAAAUAUGCCCAAGAGGAUACCCCUUGAGAUGAUUUUCAACAAAUUAAUAGAGACAGUUUCCAACUUAGCCGUCAAAUCAGUGUCAGUUGCUCUUUACAUCUUUUGCAUUUUAAUUGAAGUUCCUAUUUUCUGGAAAUUCAUUGGGAGAGCGUAUACCUGGGUUCUUGAUGGACAGUUACCACCGCAAAAUCCCACCUUUAUUAAUGCAUUAGUCUUUGGAGAAGCUGAUAUAACAACUUACUUAGCAAGUCUGCCCAACUUGACUCCAGUACAGGUCAAUCUUCUCAGCUUGAGAAAAUUCUUCACCUAUACUUAUUUCAGUGGAGUAAGAUACAUAGUUGUUUUUAUCAUUGUUCAUAUUGCAUUAUUUAUUGAAAGGGAAUGGAUUGUGAGAGAUGAAGGAUAUGCCAAGUUAUUAAUGAAGAGGAUAGGCAAGGAGCGUAAGACAGCAUUGGCAGAUAUACUUCAAGACACGCUUGAACGAUUGAGAGAGGGAAACCCCGAUGCCGAUGUACAAGAAGCUAUGCAGCGGGUUGAAAGAGCCAUUUUUGAUUUACAAGGGAAUAACAUGGGUAUUUUGAACGAUAAUCGUCAACAAGAUUUACGUCGAGCUAUUGAAGAGGGGAUAAUGAAUAUUCAAAACCCACCUCAGAAUGAGCAACCUGAUCAAGCUCCAGAGAGACGUGAAAGGCAGAAUGAAGAUGAUAAUGAAGAAGAUAAUGUUCAUAAUGAGCAAGAACCAGGACAUCCAGCUGUAGAAGAAGAAGAAGAAGAACAAGAACAGCAAGUUGAUGCAGAUGGUGAACAGCAAGAUGGAUUUCCAGAACCGAAUAAUGAUUUUGCUCCAGGAGGUGAAGAACAAGGCGGUGCCUUUCUUGACAUGUUGGAAGUAUUUGGUGCUCAUUUAGACCUCAAAACUCCAAUUAUGUACAUGGCAAUUAUCGACAUUGUGGUUUUAGCAUACUUAUUCAUCAUUUAUUUUGUCCCCCAUUUGAUAGGUAAUGUUCUUGCAGCAAUUACUGGUUUUCUGAUGAGAUUUUUGCACUCAAAGAUAUUAAAUAAGGUUUAUACAAUUGUUGUUUCAAAUGACAAGGUUAAUCAUCUUUUGACCACAAAGAUCGAGCAAUUACGGGCUGAUCAUGAUUAUUCCUUAGUGGAAAGAAUUGUUUUAUUGAGUAUUGGGUAUGCUGUGAUUUGUGCAACUAUUUACAAAUGUAUGCAAGUUUUACUUACUGCUCCGGGGCCAGUCAUUGGAACUACUAGAAAGGUAUACAAGGUUUUAUUUGAAGUCAGUUCAACCGCUAAAGUGUUCCUCAUAUUUGCCAUUGAAAUCUUCUUCUUCCCAGUAUACUGUGGGUGGUUAUUAGAUUUCUGUUUUGCUCCUCUUUUAUUGCCUACUUUCUCAAUUACUACAAAGUCAGGAUCACAAUAUAUUGUCCUUAUUACAUCGUUUUUCGAAAUUUUACAAGUGACAUAUCUUAGAAUAUUCUUGUAUUGGGCAAGUGGUACCCUUUACAUGUUGUUCUUUGCAUUAUUUGUGGGCAUGGUCAGAAGUAGUAUCUUGCGUCCGGGUGUAUUGUUCUUCAUUAGAUCCCCCGACGAUCCAAAUGCCAGGUUGAUCCAUGAUGCCUUGAUGAAACCUUUAGCUUUACAGCUAUCAAGAAUCUAUCUCAGUGCCAAAGUCUACACUGGUUUCAUAUUGUUUGGAAUUGGGGGCGUGACUUGGGGAUUAAGAUAUUUGGUUACUUCUUCAAGUAAUGUUGAUUAUAAUGUGUUCUUACCUAUCCAACUACCAUCCUAUUUCACGGUUUUAAUUUCGGGAUUCUUAUUUAAUACCGUAGCCGAUUCACAUGUGUUGAUUACAAAGUAUGUUAGAAGGUACUGGCAUAGAGCCUUUGAACUUUCCGCUCAUAAAUUAAGAUUAUCCCAUUUUAUUUUGGGCAAACCAAUUAGUCAUGAACGUGGACAUGUUGUUUACAGAAACUUAUGGCAUCAACUUCUUGGUCAAGCUCAACCUGAUUACACAAAGCCCGUGUCUUACAGAGAAGCAGUCGAAACUUUCAAAGAAAAUCCUUCGGUAAAUGCUUGCUUUGUACCGGAUGGUAAUUAUGUAAGAGCUCCUGACAAUGAUACCGUGUCUAGAAAGUUCAUCAAGAAGUUGUUUGUGGCAGUUACCAAAGAUGACAAAUUGUUGGAAGUUCCACAUGAAAACAAAAAGAGAUCAGGAUAUGAGACUCCUUCCGAUGAAGAAGAUGAAGGAGAUUUUACUGGUGAAAAUGCAUAUGCUAUAGUUUAUCGUCCACCUAACUUCAGAAUGAGAUGUUUCGGGUUGAUAUUUUUGCUUUGGGUGUUUGCUGUGAUUUUGAUCUUAUCCUGUGCAGUGGUUGCUGUGUUGAUGGGUAGACCAAUUCUUCGUGCGAACCUGUACUUGUAUAAAGCCGUGGCACCGACAUUUAUAUACCAAGAUGUCGAUUUAGACUGGAGACUUGCUGAUUUUGGUUCUAUUGCUAUUGGUCUUGUUAUGCAAAUCAAAUUGUUGAAAUUUUAUGACAAAUCCUUAGUGGCUGAUGCACCUCAGGGAGGAAACAACGAAAUUCAAUUGGGCAGAGAACAGGUGGAUGGACGUCUUUUCCAAGGACUCCUUGAUUUUGGACGCCUUUUUAAUAGAAUGCCUAAAGCACUAGUAUUGAGUACUCCUAGUGCCGUGCUAUGGAUCAACUGGAUUAUUAGUGUACAUCGUGCAGUGGUGAUCAACCCUGUUCGUUAUACCACUGGAAGAUAUAACCAAGAUUUAUUAUUUGACCCACCUACCGUGUUUCUUCAUUUCAUAGUUUCGUUCUGGACUAUAUUACCUUUCUUGUUUUACUUGAGACCAAUUCCGCAACAAAUCACGAUGUACCAAGCACUAUGGACGAGUGGAAUUGUUCCAUGUUUAAUAAACUACACUAUGGUUCACUUACCUGCCCUUCUCACUAUUUUCUUCCUGCAUUAUUACAGAAGAAGCUCUGACCAAUUGGAUGUUUAUAUCUGGCCCGUCUUAUUUGUGAUGUUUGUUGCAAUUAAGCUUAUUCACGGCGGUCUCGGCUUGUAUUCUACCCUUAAUGAUCAAGUUAAGAAGGAAAAAUAUGUUAGAGGAAGAGCUAUUGAGAACGUCGAUACUCCCGAGAAUUAAACUCAGCAUUUACAUAGUUCUUUACCACAUAUAAAUAUAUUUACACGAAUCUUUUCUUAUCUGUUUAAUAAAAGUAAAACAAUAAAAGUUAUAUUCAAGGUUAUACAAAGGAAAUAACAUAUUGCAUCAAACAAUAUUUCUCCAACGUAGAAUUUAUUUAAAAAAAAAUUUAGUCAAUUGUCAUUUACUGAAAAUAAUCUCAAUGCAAUGACCUAUUUAUCUUGACCAGCAUCUCCAACUUGAAGUGUUCAAUGCUUUCACCUUGCAUUUAUCUUAAAAGGCUCCAAAGUCCCUUCUGUUUUUCUUUGGGAUUAUUGGAUCACCUUCUUUAGGGCCAUCUCUUUCUUCAUCGAAUUCUCUAACGACUGGCUUGUAACUUUCAAUUUUUUCACCACGCUUAAGACGUUCCAAGGCUUCACCUCUUGGUACGAAAUCAAUUACAGGUGGACGCUUAGGUUUAUCCUUUUUGGCUUCAACAGCACGGGCUGAUUCUUUAGGUUUUUUAGCAUUACUUUUAGAAGAACUGGCCGUGGUGGUCUUUACUUCUUCCUUAGGUUUACGAAUUCCUCUUUCAAGAUCAAUAUCUCCAGCUUGAGCACCAUCUUUCAAUUCGUCAAAUUCUCUAAUAACAGGUUCAUAUUUGUCAAUCUUUUCACCACGCUUAAGACGUUCUAAAGCUUCUCCUCUUGGGACAAAAUCAAUGACAGGCGGACGUUUAUUCUCUUCUCUCUUGGCCUUCUUUGGCUUGACUUCACGGGAUGACUCUUCAUUUUGUGUAGAGCUUUCAACUUCUUCAGCUGGGGACUUAACUUCAGGCGGAGUUUCUGGAUCAACUGCAGCAGGAGGUGCUAAUUGUUCAGGUUCACCUACAAUUUCUGGAGAUUCUUCUUCAAUUUCUUCACCAUCAUCAUUGUAUUUUUUAACUACUGGUUUAAUAUCAACCUUUUCACCUCUCUUGAGACGCUCUAAAUCUUCACCUUUAGGAACGAAAUCAAUAACUGGACCGGAAAUCUUCUUUUCUGGUUCUCCAGGUUUAGCAAUGACAUUUGGACCUCUUGCAUCAGCAGGUUUCUUAGAGGACUUCUUCUUGUCUUUCUUAGCACUCUUCUUCUUCUUGGUGGUGGUUGUGUCCUUAAGUGGAUCAUGUUCAGGUUUUUCUUCAUUGGCAGCUGGAGUAGUACUUGGGGUAUUUUCAGCUUGCACGGCUGGGGCUUCUGAAACUGUAACUGAUGCAACGGUGUCAGGUUGAGAUGCAUCAUAUUCAGAUAAUUUGUUAUAGAAGUUGUUACAGUCAUAAUCCCAUGAACCGAUAAUUUGGGACUUGACACAAGCAUCUUUAGUCCAUGGAGUACCGUAAAUCAAACUAGAAUAGUUGAAGUAGAAAGCAAGACUGAAUAAAGCAAACAAUCCAACCAAUACAAGGGCAAUGUUUUGGAGCGUCUUGGAUCUUGAAGUCAAAUAACCGGUAAAGAUUUCCAAAAAGUGACCUAAGGCCAAGAUACCGAAAUAAAGGGCUGGAAUGUAAUGAUGUAAGAAUAAUUGUCUACCCAUGAUGAAAAAUGGCAAGUAAUGUAAAGCCCAACCCAACACAUAUGAAAAAGUUUGGACAUUAAAGUUAAAUACGUGCUUAUCCUUAGAGACUGGUUGACCCAAUUGCCAUCUAAAUACGGAAAUAACAACGUAAAUACCAAAAGUGACGAUGGAUGCACUAGCAGCCCACCAAGUAACAGCGUUACCCAAAAAGUAGAUUUGCUUAUGGUCACGAGCCCAGUAAUUGAUACCUCUUAACAAUAAUGGCCAUUCGUAUGGGUUUGAUUGCCAGUGGUGAUGUUCAGUUAAACCUUGGUUGAUC